GCCAGGAAAAGAAGCGAAAAGGACUUCCGCUUUUCUUUUGAUGUUGUUGCCGGGCUACCCAUUGUUUAUGGUGAAUGUGGUGCACUGUUACCUUGAUGUUGUGUUUCCUCUCUCAGUCUUAGGAGCUUUUGCUCCUUUUGUUUAUUUUGUUAUACCAGAGGAAGUGGGACAGGAACCAAAAGAUGGCUGCUGCACAGAAAUGUGCUGCGUGUGUAUGUUGCACGAGACACUGCCCUGAAACUUACUCUACUUGAGCGACCAAAGUCAGUGGAGGAGCUGAAAGAAAUAAUGCAAGAGAGGUUCAAGCCCAGACUGGAUGGGGACUUUAGCUUGCACAAUGAGGAUCCGGAUUUUGAUGGUGAUCUUUGCCUUCUUGUGGACAUCCAGGAGUUACCAGAGAAGGGCACAUUGAGAGUCAUCAGACCUGAAGGUGACCCCUCGUCUACUGCAUGUUCUGACACAGACAUACUCCCACAUGCACCUGCGUUACACCACCAGAAGAGUUGGCCUGAUCACUUUGUUCCUAGUUUUGAUUAUGAAAUAGAGCAUAUACUACAAGAAGGAAAUCGUGUUUAUGAAGAAUCAGGAAAAUUGCUGAAGUUGAAGAGGUCACAGAAGAGUGAAAUCCUUAAAAAAAUGGCAGAAACGAUCUACAGUUUUAAACCCUACCCACAUGAAAAGGAAUUGGCAAUGGCUGCUCAAGCUUUGAUUACAGAGAUUUGAUUUUGAGAGACAUCGUGGACAGAUGGCCAGCCCUACUUAUGGAGUCACAGGUGUUUGCAGAGUUCCACCAAAUCAACAACAUUAACCUGCGCAAUCAAUUCUACAAGGAGCUGGACAGACGCGUGCCUAAACUCAUCACCUUGUUCAGAGACCAGGCCAAGAAGACUGGCAAGAUAGCGGAGGAUCUAGCCAAGCUCAUGAGGAUUUAUGACCUUCAGGAACAACGUGAUGUAAAUAUGAGACGGGCCCUCGUCCUUCGUGCACUUCCUGUGUACCUGCGCGAAGAUGCCUUCAAGUUCUUCAGGACUUGUAAUUCAGCAGAUGGUCCAGACCUCACUGACACUCCGGUGGCUCUCCUGACAGUCGUCACGGAUGACCCUACUGAUGCGGCCCUCUUCAGCCCUUAGAGCAUCUGUAUUGUCAUGGAGGAUGAAAUACUUGAGUGGUCCCACAAAUCUGGCUCACUCAUUUCUUCUGCUCUUUGGGUACAUCUAUGCACUAGACCUACAGUAUCCAAAGAAUCUCGAGCUUACCUUCACAUUUAUCCAAAAAGUUGUCUUGAGGACAACAAACCACUGAAAGGGCGUCUACUGAAGAAUGAUUUGUUCAAUGAAUGAAUCACUCAGAAUGGAUUAUCUGUUGAGUUAAGUAUUGAGGAAGUUUUUGUUUUUUUUCUUCCUCUUUACAAAUGUAAUUGUGUUCUAGUAAAUGUUCUAGUUCAGAUUUAAGAUGUGACACUGUUUGCCUGUUCUAGCUCAGAUUUAAUACAUUUUUGUUUUAAUUUCUCACAAGCACUUUGUUUUGAAUAAUCCAUUUUGAUUUGUGCCUUUUUAAAAAGCACAUUGGGUUUUAAUAAAAAAUUGUUAAAUUGUCA